UAGUGCAGUCACAAUCACACACAGCAAUGGCUUGUUCGAUCACAUUCUCCUGCCUCUUCCUCUCUCUCCUAUCUCUCUCCACCGCUUUAGAUCUCAACCGUCCAUCUCUCGCCGCCGGCGUCGACGUCCACGAUCUCCUCCCUCGCUACGGGUUCCCGAAAGGUCUUCUUCCAGAUAACGUCAAAUCGUACACUCUCUCCGACGGCGGAGACUUCACCGUAGACUUGAACACUCCCUGCUACGUCGAUUUCCCCGGUCAGACCGUUUUCUACGACAAGAAGAUCGCCGGGAAGCUCAGCGUCGGAUCCGUGAAAGACGUGGAAGGAAUCAAAGCUAAAGAACUCUUCAUCUGGGCAUCGAUCACGGCGAUGAAAUCUGAUCCGAGCUCUGGAGAUAUUGUCUUCUCCGUUGGAUUCGUAUCCAAGUCUUUGCCCGCGUCUAUGUUCGUCAAUGUUCCCUCUUGCUCCAAAACACUCAGUCUUGAAGCUUAAUAACCUCAAUGUGCAAAAAUCCUCCUUUCUUUAUAUGUGUGUUUCAUGAGCAAAAAUUCGAAUCAUAUAUCGCCAUUUGAUUCGAACUAUAUAUGAAAGACUUUAUAUUUACAAAAUCAAAGAAAACAAAAUGUCAAUAGUGAUUUGGUAAAAUCAUUUCAGAGUGAUCA